GAACGCGCGCCGACGCGACGAGCUAGUGCGUCUCGCGCGAUCCGUGAGAGGUGGAUCAGCGAAUUGUGUCUCUCAUAUUUUCUCCAAAAACUUCGCUGCAAUUUCUCUCCGCGAAGCUGUAGAAUUCGCGCUGAGAACAAUAUUGCGAGCAAUUAUAGCGUUCUGAUUUUUUCAUCGUCAGCGGCAGCACUCAAUAGUACGCGGGAGUGUGAGACUUGUUUUGACUCUUGAGUGAAGAAAAGUGAUUUUGAAAAAUAUAUCCAUUCUAAUUUUGAACUGAUUAUGCCGGUGGAGUUGGAACCCAUGGCGCCUAUAGCUCCUACGUCCUACAAUGGGGAGAAGAAGAUGAACAAGCUGUGCCGGCAGCUCUCGAUCGAGAGCCCCAGCGUAACCGGAAGUCGGGAGUGCGUGUUCAGUUUCGAUGUGCCCGUUCCGGACGUGCCGGCGCACGGUGCCCGCAUCAGGGUGAUGUGCGCCGGGGCAUGUUACCACCCUCGACGUUCAUCGAGUUUGAACAGUCUGACGUCGGUGUCGAGCGGCAGCAGUCUGGUCACUGAGGUGUCCAUGGAGAGCGACUAUCCAGUGUCACUGCCGCAUCAUGGGGUGCGCGAUGCCGCCCUGUUCCCCGGCUACGAGGUCGCCGGUGUGAUCGAGUCGUUCGGCACUGAAGUGGCCGAGGACUGCGAGCUCGCAGUGGGCGAUCGUGUGAUCCUCUACCCGUACGAUGGUAUCCCUAACGGCUACGUCGAGUACCUGGUGGUGCACGAUCUCAAAUACCUGAUCAAGAUACCGGACAGCAUGUCGCUCAGCGUAGCGGCUAUGCUACCGGCAGGCGCGCUUCUAGCGAUGAACACCGUCUUCGCCGCGCACGAGCACGUGCAGGCGUUGCUGAAGGAGAGAGGUGAGAAAAGCGUAUGCAAGAUCCUGAUAGUUGGCACAGGCGGCCUCGCUUUGUGGGCGCUCAGGAUCGCGUCGUAUCAUUUCAGCAACAUGAGGGAUAGGGUCACCACUACGGUAGCCAGUCUUAAGGACGACGGUCUUCAAAUAGCCCAGGAGUUCCAACGUCGGCACGUCGGUUACAGGGUGAACGUGGUGCAGUGGAGCGAAGACCUGUACGAGAAGCAGCUGAUCGAGCGCACGAUGGACGCCUGCCAGGGCCAGGUAGACGUGGUGAUCGACUUCGGCACGACCUCGCGCAACCUCCACCGCAGCAUGCAGUGCCUCAGCAAGGGCGGCGUGGUGUUCGUGAUCAAGGAGGUGGCCGACCGUCUGCUGCCAAAGUUCAGCCGACGAGCGGAAGAGAGGCAGCAGUCCAUCAAGCCGGUCGAGCCGGGCACCCUCGAGCAGCUGCGUGAGCUCGUGCAGCUGGUCGGCUCUGGCGAGAUCGAGCCGCCCCCCCACACCGUCUACCCGGCCGAGGAAGCGCUCGACGUCGUGCACAAACUCUGCCACUCGGAGAUCCAGGGUCGCGCGAUCCUUCGCUUUUACCCCGCGGAUUAAAGAUCCCACCGCUAAGAUUGCUUUCGUGGAUCGGCGGACGAGAGGCAGAUUCGACGACGACGAUGAUGACGACGACAUUGAUGACGACGCCACGAUCACCGGGAAAAGUAGUCGACGAGACGGCGAUCCGGUUAUUGCGAAUUGUACGGUUAUCAUGAUCAACGUGUGCGUUUCCGGAGUCUCGAGAUGAAAUGUAGCAACUCCGUCGGAGUUGAGCUAUCGCGGGCGAUAAGUAGCUGUUUCCUACCGAUAGCUGGAGCUUAAACUAGACGUGGUGAGAUGACGACGUACCGCGCGGCACGACAGCUCGCGGGUACGGAAGGAGGAGGAGGAAUAGUUAGCGGGAGGACUUUUCGCAGGAUGACAUUCGCUCGUUUCGACACAACGUCGUUCCCUAUCACUUGAAAUCGCAUGAAAUGACGACAAUCCUGAAGAACGUCUCGUCCUUGAAGGAAAGUCGCGUACUGACAGCAGUCUUUCCGGGAAAUCUUUUUUUUUUUCUUGAAGCCGCGCCGAAUUUGUGAACACAGAACGAAAUAGGAAGGUUUUCUCGCUUAUCGCCUUGCAAUUUUUGUUUGGAGUAACGAUCAGACCUUGUAAAUGCGCGGGAGUAAUCACACGUAUAUGGAACGUGCGUCACGAGAGAGCGAAAGAAGGAGAGAAAGAAAGAGAAAUGAAAGAGAUGCUCUUAGAUAACUGUAACGAGAAAAUAACAUUAUUGCCAAUGA